AUGAGUGGAGGUAUAGACGCCACUCCUAGAUCAGUAGUAACAUUUCCUAAUCUGUCAUUUCUUCGUCUGGAUGGCUUGAGUGAAUGGGAGGAGUGGGACUGGGAGGAGGAGAGCGAGAGUGAGACUACAGAAGCUAUGGCCAUGCCUGCUCUCAAGGAGCUCAUAAUUCUUAGCUGCAAGCUAGCUUGUCUUCCACCAGGGCUCGCCAGUAGCAGGAGGCAUGCUCUAAGAGAAGUGCGCCUGUACAAGCUGAGCAACCUGACAUAUAUAGAGAACUUCCCUUCAUUCGUGCAACUUAAAGUAUUCGACUGCCCCAAGCUGAAAAGGAUCAGCGAUCUCUCUAAGUUGCAGAAAAUCGAGACCUUAUACUGCCCAAAUGUGGAGGUGCUAGAAGGAGUCCCGUCACUUGACAGCAUAGAGAUGAUGGACAGCACCAUGGAGACGAUUCCGGAAUAUCUGACAACAGUAACCCCAAGGUAUGAGAAAUAUCAUGGAUACUAUGGAGGGAAGGAGGAAGCAAGAAAGUCCAACUAUACUGAUAUGGUUAAUAAAUACUAUGAUCUCGCCACUAGCUUCUCUACGAGUAUGGUUGGGGUGAAUCCUUCCACUUUGCUCACAGAUGGAAUGGAGAAUCCUUACGAAAGCAUCAAGCGACAUGAGCAUUUUCUUGCCCUGCAACUUGGUUUGAAACCAGGAAUGAAGGAGCUCAAUCGUUUAGCAGGAAUUAGUGGAACCUGUGAUUUUGUCAAGGUCAAGGCCUUGGAAUAUGUUGGUCUUGCACCACAGGGGGCAGUGAGAGGAUCUAAUUUCCUCAGAGAAGGCUGCAAGAAGGUCUUGUAG